CUCCACUAACACACACACUCACACACAUCUGCACACACACACCUGCACACAUACACACACACACACACACCACAGAAGGAAGAAGGUUGUCAUUCAUUUCCAGAAGAGCUGCUGGUGAGGAGAGAGAAGAUCAUCUUCUAAAAAAAAGGUGCUUGGUCAUGUCUCUAAGCCAGCAGGGCGGAGGGGGCGGGGCCAAGAGAGAGGCGGGGCUAGAGACGCUGGAGAAGCAGCUGACGUGUCCAAUCUGCUUGGAGCUGCUGCAGAAGCCCGUGGUCAUCCUGCCCUGUCAGCACAACCUGUGCAGGAAGUGUGCCAACCACCUCUACCAGCCAUCCUUGUUUCAGCCCCGCACCACCAUGGCCGUCAACAGCGGACGCUUCCGCUGCCCGUCCUGUCGGCACGAGGUGAUCCUGGACCGCCACGGGGUCUUCGGCCUGCAGCGGAACCUCCUGGUGGAGAACAUCAUCGACAUCUACAAGCAGGAAGUCGACGCUGACGCCGGCAGGCCCGUCGCCGUCACUCCCUCACUUCCUGUCGAGGUCACCUGCUCCGAGCACCACGGCGAGAAGGUCAACAUCUACUGCGUGACGUGCCAGCUGCCCACCUGCUCCCUCUGCAAGGUCUUUGGACAACAUCAGUCCUGUCAGGUGCAACCUCUGGACCACGUCCUCCAGAACAAGAAGGAGGAGCUGAGGGAAGGCGUGUCUGCCCUGCUGGAGGUCAACCACAAAGUGCAAGCCUUGAUUGAGCAGCUGGACCACACCUGCAGGAGCAUGGAGGAAAGCGCCAAGACUCAAAAACAGAACGUGUGUGACAAGUUCAGCCGAAUGUUUUCAAUCCUGGACGAACGACGCAAGGCGAUGAUGGAGCGAAUCAGCUCUGAGGAGGAAGAGACGACAGGCCACGCCCAGCUGCUGGCAUGUUGCUACGGCGACAGCAUCGAGGCCAACAGGAAGCUGGUGGAGACGGUCAGGAGCAGCAUGGAGGAUCUCGACAUGGCCGCCUUUGUCCAGAUCUCCAAAGAGCUGAUUGCAAAGGUCCAAGCGGCCGCCAGCUUCAAACCGGCUGAGACGCCUCCCGGAGGACAGGACAAGAUGAGGCGCUACACCUUCGACUUCAGCCGCCAGGAGCGCGCCGCCAGGAGCGUGGACUUUGUCCCGGGUCGCCUGCUGGUCGCCGACGCUUCUCCUGCGUCAGAACACUUGGCUUCACAACCAGAGGUGGAACCGGACCGAGAACCAUUCCUGCCGCACUCGGAGCCAUCGUUGGCACUUCUGGACGUCCUAAACCCGGACGAUGGCGAGGAGGAGGUUCCGGGCCCGCCAGCAGAACCAGAGCAGGCGGAGGAUGCGGAGGGGAGGGACUUGGCCCAGCGAGGGUCAGCACCCAUGGUAGACAUGCUGGGAGGUCCAAUAAACACACAACAGCGUGAGGAGGGCGGGGCUGUGUCCCAGGCAGGCGAUUGGACGGAGGGCCGGAAGGAGGCGGGACCAGGAGACAUUUUGUUGUACCGGUCCGGCAUGAAGCCGCCUCCCGGGAGCGGCGAUGCGGAGGAGAUCACGGAUGAUUCGCAGCCCCGCCCACUUUGCCCUCGGCUCCUCCCACCAUCCGAAUGCCACCAGAGCGCGGAGGUGGGCCAAGACGACAAGGGGGACGCUCAAGGGUGGGCGUGUCCUCCCGAUGAAGGCGCAGACCAAACAUUAAGACCUGAGAAGGAGAAGCUGAGCGAUGCCUCGCCGAUGGAGGAGGAGGAGGUGGAGGAGGAAGAGGAGGAGGAGGGCGAGGUGGAGGAGGAGGAGGGCGGCCAACAGACCAACAGGCUUCACAAAGUGGAGGCGUGUGAUGAGGAAGAGGGCGUGGCUUCCUUCGAUUCCCUGCAGGCUGUCACUGUGCUCUUCUACCUUCUGGCCUUCCUGCUGCUCCUGCAGAAGUUGUGGUCUUACGUGGGCUGCUUCAUUUGCACGUAAACAACACACCACGCCAGCAGGGAGACCUCACUGUUGCUCUCACCUCAGAAGGAGGGUGUUGCCCUCGCCGCCUCGUGGAGGCCCGGCGACCCACUUUCAGUUUCUCCUGGCUCAACGAGAAGAAGACUUAGAAGAGGGGAAGAAGACCCGGCGUCGGGUCCAAACCAAGAGUGAGAAAGAAGGUUUUUGUCUGAAGAAGUGCAGAGGAACCUCUCCAACCUUCAUGACUGACGCACCUUCAUUGUGCAUCUUAAAGUUGUGUUUGCCUUUUGUGUGUGUGUGUGUUUGGGGCGACGUCACCACGGAAGGAGAAGCUAUGAUGUCGAGGUGAUGAUAACCGUAGAACAGGAAAUGAGUCUCAUGAUGAUGUAGUAAAGUGCAUCAUUUUGUUGAGUCGCGGCCUUAUUCCAAAAUGGAAUAAUUCCAUUUUGUCCUCAAAAUUCUACAAACAAUACCCCAUCAUGAUGAGGUGCAAAGGUUUUCUUAAAUAGAUAAAUAGAUAGUACUUUAUUUAUUCCGUCAGGAGAGUUCCUUCAGGAAAAUUUAAAUUUUCAGCACAAUCCCAUUCAAGUUUAGACAAACAUUACAGGGGGACAGAACAGGAUCACUGACGGGUCUGCCGGCUUCCAGCGCCCCUUACAAAAAAAGAUGAGAUACAGGUAAACAAGGAGGGGGGAUGGGAGAAAAAAAUAGAAGAUUAAAAUAAAAUUAAAAAAUCGGUCUUAGCCUGGGCCCUGGACAGGGGGUGCAGACUGAGGCCAAGGGAAAAAAAACAACUCAUAGCCAUGGUACAUAAGAGGGAAACAUCAAAGAACACAGAGGACAUUAAAGCAGCAGAUACAACCAGACACUUCUCAAUCAAUCAAUCAAUGUUUAUUUAUAUAGCCCCAAAUCACAAAUGUCUCAAAGGACUGCACAAAUCAUUACGACUACAACAUCCUCGGAAGAACCCACAAAAGGGCAAGGAAAACUCACACCCAGUGGGCAGGGAGAAUUCACAUUCAGUGGGACGCCAGUGACAAUGCUGACUAUGAGAAACCUUGGAGAGGACCUCAGAUGUGGGCAACCCCCCCCCUCUAGGGGACCGAAAGCAAUGGAUGUCGAGCGGGUCUAACAUGAUACUGUGAAAGUUCAAUCCAUAGUGGCUCCAAGACAGCAGUGAAAGUCCCGUCCACAGGAAACCAUCUCAAGCGGAUCAGCAGCGUAGAGAUGUCCCCAACCGAUACAGGCGAGCGGUCCAUCCUGGGUCCCGACGAGCGGUCCAUCCUGGGUCUCGACUCUGGACAGCCAGUACUUCAUCCAUGGUCAUCGGACCGGACCCCCUCCACAAGGGAGGGGGGGACAUAGGAGAAAGAAAAGAAGCGGCAGAUCAACUGGUCUAAAAAGGAGGUCUAUUUAAAGGCUAGAGUAUACAGAUGAGUUUUAAGAUGAGACUUAAAUGCUUCUACUGAGGUAGCAUCUCGAACUGUUACCGGGAGGGCAUUCCAGAGUACUGGAGCCCGAACGGAAAACGCUCUAUAGCCCGCAGACUUUUCUACAUACAGCUAUGAAUAAAUAGUAAAAAAAAACAUAUCCACUGUGGUGGCCUCUGCGGUGUUCCACGCCAUCGUCCGCUGGGGUGGAGGGAGCAUGGCCAGAGACCGGAGCGGACCCAACAAAGCAACCAAGACAGCCGACUCCACUUUCGGUCAGUGUCCAAUCCGCAUGGAUAAGCGAGGAUACGUCCAAGGUGACUGAGGUGUCCGACACCUGCUCACAAAGAAAUGAGCAAAAUUAAUACAAAUGAACAAAAAAUUUUUUGUAUGUAUUCACAGCAUUUUCUAUGUCCUGGCUGCUCAGUUAAACAUGGCCAAAGUGCCAAAAACCCAACAUCCAUGAUGAAUGUUGCAGUAUGUGCUCCGUGUUUGUGUAAAUGGAGAUAUCUGACUGCCGCAAAGUGAACUUUAUCAUUUUUGAUGUCUUAAUGUUCUUCUUUUGACACGUGUGUGACACUCAGUGAUGAAAUGUGACUUCAGAUAUUGCUGCUGCACUUAAUAAAGUUUUUAUGAUGGCCACACCUUGAA